AGUUGCAGUUGCCAAUGGCGGUGUGUUUUGGACUGUUGUGAAAUCUCUGACUUUGAUACUCAUUCACUUCCUCUCACCCACUUCCACUUCUCCUUCUCCCUCAAUUUCGCAAUCUCCACCGUUGAUUCCAGCCAUGGUCGGCGGAUCCGAGGAGGAUUUCAUCCGGAGGCACCACAAGCACGACGUCGCCGACAAUCAGUGCUCUUCCUCCUUGGUCAAACACAUCAAAGCUCCUCUCCCCCUCGUUUGGUCGCUCGUGAGGCGCUUCGAUCAGCCGCAGCGCUACAAGCCAUUCGUCAGCCGGUGUAUUGCGCAGGGCGAUUUGCGGAUCGGAACUGUGAGAGAGGUUAAUGUCAAAUCGGGGCUGCCUGCUACCACCAGCAAGGAGCGCCUCGAGCUGCUCGACGAUGAGGAGCACAUUUUCAGUGUGCGGAUUGUCGGCGGAGAUCACCGCCUCAAGAACUACUCCUCUGUCAUCACCGUCCAUCCAGAGACGAUUGAUGGAAGGCCGGGGACAAUGGUGAUCGAGUCCUUCGUUGUGGAUGUACCGGAAGGGAACACCAAGGACGAAACAUGCUACUUCGUCGAGGCUCUGAUCAAAUGCAACCUAAAGUCGCUGGCUGAUGUCUCGGAGCAUCUAGCCGUGCAGGUCCGGACAGAGCCCCAAUUGGUAGUAGAGUCCGGUGUUCAAUGAUGGUGAUGCUCUAUAUACAUAUAUCUAAGUGUGAAAUUGAUAGAGUGGCGUGGGCGUGGCUCCUCCUCGGCUGUCUUUCAGCCAUCUCCGAUCCCAUUUGAAGGGCGAAUGUUGCUUUAGUUUCUUACAAUCUGUUUCCAUGCUCGUCGGCCCAAUCUCGUUGCAUCCGAGACCAUGGUCCGCUUUGGUAUAUGCUUCAAACCUUUGUUUUGUAAAUAUUGUAGGGUAGUAAGAUGAAUUACUUUGAUAUGUUUGGAGAUGGAUGAAUUUGAUGUUACUUUUUGUGUUGUGAUUAA